AUGAACAUUCCACGAGAGGCUCAAACAUUCCAUCAAUUUCUCCCCUUCCCUCUCUUUGGAUUGGUGCUCCACCGGAACCCUAGGAAUCGCGAUCGAUGGAGUGUGAUACUUGACGGGAACGAGGAGGCCGUGGCGAACCCCGACUUCAAGGAGCAGCUCGAUGCUCACUUCGCGCGGUUGCCCCCCAGUUAUCAGCUGGAUGUGAACUUCGAGCGAGCAGAAGAUGUGUUGAUACAUCAGAAGAUUCUGGCAGAUGCUAGAGAUCCUGAGAAGCGCCCGGUCUGCCAUGUCCGUUUCCUGAAGCUCGAGGACAAAAAUUCGGACUUGACAGUAAACUCAGAAGAGGUUGAAGAUGGGACUGAAGUCGCUGAUGCCCUCUCAGCAAGGCAUGAUGUGGCAUACACCCCUAUUCAUGAAAUAAUCUUUUCAACUGUUGACAAACCAAAACUUCUUAGUCAGCUUUCCACUCUGCUAUCCGAUAUCGGACUGAAUAUCAGGGAGGCUCAUGUCUUUUCGACAACAGAUGGCUAUUCUCUGGAUGUAUUUGUUGUCGAUGGAUGGCCUAUUGAGGAAAUAGAUGGCCUGCACAAGCAGUUGGAGGCAUCAAUCGCUAGAAACGAGGGAUCAUGGUCUGGCUCAUCUCACUCUUCAGCCUCAGAAAAAUUAAUAGGGCUGCAACCAAAGGCAGGCGAGUGGGAAAUCGACAAGAGAUUCUUGAAAAUGGGGGAAAAAAUUGCUUCCGGAUCUUGUGGGGAUUUGUUUCGGGGAAGCUACUUUGGUGAGGAUGUUGCUAUAAAGGUUCUUAGACCUGAGAAUCUAAGUGAAAAUAUCAAAGACGAAUUUGCUCAAGAAGUAUGUAUAUUAAGAGAAGUCAAUCAUAAUAAUGUUGUUCGGUUCAUCGGUGCCUGGAUGAAACCACCUCAGUAUUGCAUAGUUACAGACAUAAGCUCAAGGUGGCUAACCUCUGUAACAUCUUUUGCUAGGUAUUCUUCACAUAGGAAAGGCUCUUUUCUAGCAGAGUUCAUGUCUGGAGGAAAUCUCUAUGAUUUCUUGCAUAAGCAACAUAACACCCCGGAACUCUCUCAAUUGCUGAAGUUUGCACUUGAUGUCAGCAGAGGAAUGGACUAUUUGCAUCAAAAAAACAUUAUCCAUAGGGAUUUAAAGACUGCUAACCUGCUGAUGGAUAAGGAUCAUGUUGUUAAAGUAGCAGACUUUGGUGUGGCUCGGUUUCAAAAUCAGGGAGGAGUCAUGACAGCAGAAACUGGAACAUAUAGAUGGAUGGCUCCUGAGGUGAUAAAUCACCUACCUUAUGACCAUAAGGCAGAUGUGUUCAGUUUUGCUAUUGUACUUUGGGAGCUUGUAACAUCAAAGAUUCCAUAUGAUACCAUGACACCCCUACAAGCCGCCCUUGGAGUGAGACAGGGAUUGCGCCCCAAACUUCCUGAGAAUGCGCAUCCAAGAUUAGUAGAUUUAAUGCAGAGAUGUUGGGAGACCCGACCGGCUACGCGGCCCUCCUUUUCAGAGAUCACUGUUGAACUAGAAGAGCUUCUUAACCAAGUUCAGGGUUCUGGUGAAUCGAGCUGACCGCCCAACUAUGACUAAAAUGGAAAUCAGGAUACAAGCUUUUUGGACAAGUUGUAGGUAGCUAAUUCUCUGUUAUUCGGACCCUAGUUUAUGCUCGAUGUGCCGAAAUAACAAUCUCUCUCUCUCUCUCUCUCUCAUCGCUUUUUUACCCCGAUGUUUUGCCCUUUAGUUCUGCAGUUUUUCUUUUCUUUUUUUUUUCGUUUCCUCUCCUUCACAUAGUAGAAAAUCCAAGAUAAAAAUUGAGCCUGGGGGGUAGUGUGGGGGGUUUAAUUGCUCACUGUGUCAUUAGAUUUUGCUGGUGGCUACUGUGAAUAUUCUUUCCCCUUCUCUCUGACCAGGCUUUCCUUUUUUCUUUUUUGUUACUCCUUUUUUUUGUUGGUUCUUCUUUCUCCUCACAAGAAUUCAGUGUCUCUCAGCAGCAAAACCACAAUUAUUGUAUCUCAAAAUGUAUACUGUAUAUCGACUGAUUUGCUAAUUGAUUCACCUUGAAUGCCUUUUGCUACUC